AGUUCCCACGCACUAUCCUCUUUCCCUGCGCCGCCGUGCUGUGCUGUGCUGGAAAAUGGCUGUGUAGCAGGCAGGGGAGUAAUGUACGGCAAAAGAAAGAAAGAGCGAGAGAAAGGACGCAAACCAACAGUGAACAGAGGUUCAGAAUAAAGUCGAUUUUUGUACCGACCACUAAAUCGAUGGCAGAGAAGGAAAAGCACUCGCAUGUAUUUGUACUUUAGUUGAAGUGGACGAGGCUACGAGGCGCUGUCUACGGGUUGGGACAUAAUCAGUGUCCGGAACAUGCGGAUCCCAGAGAGAAGCGAGGGGGAUUAAGGAACGGGCCAGCCUCUCGUGCCUCAGACCGGACCACUGGUGGGUCUCAGCGCGUCGAGACGUCAGCGACGGAAGGACCCCCUUUGGCUGGCCAGCGCUCCCGGACGGAGCGCUGAGGAGGCUGCUCCAAUAGCACCCCGGCCAGCAGGUUUUUGCCGCUUGAAGGAGCAUGUUGCCAACGCUCUCCCUCUGCUCCAUCGUUUGGCUCAACCGAGGCAUCAAGCUGAGGAAAGUGCUCCAGCGCUCGGCGACCAACGCUGGUCAACUCUGAGGGACGGUCCUGCCGCGAGGAACAGCGGACCCAGCGGCGGUACUCCCCAACCACCCCGUAUCGCUUUGGAAAUGCUUCUAAGCUUCGGGUGACUGUAUUCUCCCUCCCCCCCCCCCCCCCCCCCCGCUCCUCCCAUAAGCCACCGUACUCCACACCACCGUUUCUGGGGGGGGUGAAGAAAAUAGAAAUCCGGUCGAGCCAUAAACAAUAAGUGGCAUUUGGACCCAUAGUCAGCCAUUUUACCUCCCUCCUCUCUUCUGGUGGCCAUUUUGUUUCGAGCCUGCCUGUUCAAAAUGGCGGCAGAGGGCUUCCAGUACCGUGCCCUCUACGGGUUCACCAAGGACCAGGAGGAGGACCUGGACCUGCAGUCCGGGGACCUGCUGACGGUCAGCAUGGCCUCGCUGCUGUCCAUGGAGAGCUACCAGGACGGCUGCAUCGAGCGCCCCGAGCGCCUGGGCUGGCUGCUGGGCUUCAACGAGCGCACCAAGCAGCGCGGGGACUUCCCGGGGACCUACGUGGAGUACGUGGGGCCCGUGAGGAUGGGACACCCGUCCAGCCAACCCCGGUCCCAGCGGCCCCUCCCCGCUGCCCCGCGACCGGACGCAUCACAAGGUAAGGGGUCCUCUCGUGCUCUACGCAGAGAGGAGGUGAACGAGAAGCUGCGGGACACUCCGGACGGGACCUUCCUGGUGCGCGACGCCUCCAGCAAGCUGGAGGGAGAGUACACACUGACCCUCAGGAAAGGCGGCAACAACAAGCUGAUCAAGAUCUACCACCGGGACGGGUGCUACGGCUUCUCGGAGCCCCUCACCUUCCUGUCGGUGGUGGAGCUCAUCCACCACUACCGCCACGAGUCCCUGGCCCAGUACAACGCCAAGCUGGACACCCGGCUCCUCUACCCCAUCUCCAAGUACCAGCAGCUGGUGAAGGAGAACAGCAUCGAGGAGGUGGGGGAGCAGCUGAAGGUGUACCACGAGCAGUACCAGGAGAAGAGCCGCGACUACGACUCCCUGUACGAGGAGUACACUCGCACCUCCCAGGAGCUGCAGAUGAAGCGCACGGCCAUCGAGGCGUUCAACGAGACCAUCAACAUCUUCGAGGAGCAGUGUGAGACCCAGGAGCGCUACAGCAGGGAGUCCCUGGAGCGGUUCCAGCGCGAGGGCAACGACAAGGAGAUCCAGAAGAUCCAGAGCAACUCGGAGCGGCUGAAGUCCCGCGUGACGGAGAUCCACGACAGCAAACGCAAGCUGGAGCAGGACCUGAGGCAGCAGGUGUCGGACAACAGGGAGAUCGACAAGAAGAUGAACAGCCUCAAGCCCGACCUGCUGCAGCUCCGCAAGACCAGGGACCAGUACAUCAUAUGGCUGAACCAGAAGGGGACGAGGCAGAAGAAGAUCAAUGAGUGGCUGGGCAUUAAGAACGACGCUGAUGACUCGUACUCGCUGGUGCAGGAGGACGAGAGCUCGCCCCACCACGAUGAGUGCACCUGGUACGUGGGCGACAUCAAGCGCACCCAGGCCGAGGAGCUGCUCAGAGGCAAAUGCGACGGAACCUUCCUCAUCCGCGAGAGCCAAUCACAGAAGGGCUCCUUUGCCUGCUCUGUCGUUGUGGAGGGCGACCCCAAGCACUGUGUGAUCUUCCAGACGACCACAGGCUACGGCUUCGCCGAGCCUUACAACCUGUACCCUUCCCUCCAAGACCUGGUGCUCCACUACAAGAACGUGUCUUUGGUCCAACACAAUGACCAGCUGAAUGUAAACCUAGCCUACCCGGUGCUGGCCCGCUCCCAGAACCAGAACCAGAACCAGCACCCCAGAUGAGCUGGCAGGCCCAGCACAGUACAGUAGUAGUACACUAACCCCCCCCUCCCCACCC